AUGGUGACCCUCCUCCUGCAGCAUAGCAACAACCUCAGCACCGGGCACAACUCGGUGGCGGACCCCGCCGCCGGCGCGCUGAGCCGGGAGGGUCACACCGCGGCGGCCGUCGUCCUCGGGUUCAUCCUGGUCCUGGGCUUCCUCGGUAACUUCCUCGUGCUCCUGGUGUUCUCGCGCUUCCCCCAGCUGCAGACCCCCGUGAACCUACUGCUGAUCAACAUCAGCGCCAGCGACAUGCUCGUCUGCCUCUUCGGGACUCCUCUCAGCUUCGCGGCCAGCGUGCGCGGCAGGUGGCUGACCGGGUCCUACGGGUGCCGGUGGUACGGUUUCUCCAACGCGCUUUUCGGUAUAGUAUCUCUGGUGUCUCUCUCUCUGCUGUCCUUUGAGCGCUACUCUGUGGUGCUCCGCAGCACCCAGCCGCACUCCUCUCAGUACUGCAGGGCCAGGCUCGCCGUCGCCGCCUCCUGGCUCUACUCACUGGUAUGGACUCUGCCGCCGCUGCUGGGCUGGAGCAGCUACGGGCCGGAGGGUCCCGGCACCACCUGCUCGGUCCAGUGGCAGCAGCGCUCCGCCACAGCUCGCUCCUACAUCACCUGUUUGUUCGUCUUCUGCCUGCUCCUGCCGCUGCUGCUCAUGAUCUUCUGCUACGGGAGGAUCCUGCUGGCUCUGCAAGCGGUGGCGCGGCAGGUCAGCAGGAUCAACCGGUCCUCGGCUGAGCGGAGGGAUAGCCGUGUCCUUCUAAUGGUGGUCUCCAUGGUGACAGGUUACCUAUUGUGCUGGUUGCCAUACGGCGUCAUGGCGAUGCUCGCUUCCUUCGGACGGCCCGGUGUGGUGCCGCCUGCAGCAAGUUUAAUCCCCUCCCUGCUGGCGAAGACCAGCACCGUCCUCAACCCUUUUAUUUAUGUGCUGCUCAACAACCAGUUCUCCAGGUGUUUCCUGUACAUGAUCAGGUGCAGCUCAGAAGCUCCGCCCACCCCAGUCCAGCACACACUGCCCAGCAGCAGAGGGGUGUGGCUUCACACUCCCAACUCACCCACAGAGGAACAAAAUAGGGCGCCUGCCAUGUCCAGAGACCAGCAGGUACAGCAGCCUGCCCUGGUGCUAGUGGCUCACUAUGCAACAUAG